AUCCAGCAGUGGAUAUCGCUGUUCUUCUUCUGUCAAAAUGGACGAGUGUAGUGGUUUGUUUAGUGGUUAAACUGGUGAAACUAUGCGACGACGAUAUUUAUUUAUAGUUUGCGUCCGCAAGGGACGUCAAUAGCGAAUACCGUUCGGAGCAAAUGACGGUUAUCGAAUAAUUACAUGAUCGCAGUAUUGAAUGAAAGCGCAUUAGACAGAAAGUGCACGCUGACAUCUAGUGAAAAUAACCAAAUAUUUUUAACAAGAGUGCGCACACUGUAUCAGUGCACACAUAUUCAUACACAUUAGUUUAUAAACAACAGAAAUAAAAACGUCAUUAACAAGUACUUUUGACCCCUUAUUCCCAGCUGCAUUAAUAAUUUCUAAUGAUAGUUAUUUGAAGAAUAACUAGAGAUUAUCACGAUUUUACUCAUUGACCUAUAACCAAAUCGGAAAGAAUAAUAAAAAAAAAAUAAGUAAAACAUGUCACCCGGUAUAAAUGAUCGACCACGUUACACAGGUACUGUCCCGAAAAGUAAUCGUAGAAAUGAUAGAAAUCGCGAAAGGUCCAACAGUAAUCAAGUAAUGAUUGGACCAAUUGAUCAGAGGGAUGUUUCACACCAACCAAAUAAUCUGCUCGAGUGGCACCUGGUAACUGAUCCACACAGGUCGGAAAAAAAUAGUAAUACUCGAUCCACAUCAUCCGCACCUUCCAUAGGCUACCAGGAUCUCGCAGAAUUUGAUUGCAGUAGCCAACAGCGUAACCACAUAGGCGAAGAUCGUACUCAGUGGCAUAGAAUGGCACCACCAGACUCUCACACCCAAUCACCACCACCGCAGUCACAGGGGAACAAGCCUACAAAUGUAGAUAAGAUGCCAGAUAGAGGACAAGUUGAAAGUCGACUUAAUCAAAUCCAGGACUACAUUCGGGUGACUUCUACAAUGAUGGAUUCACUGAGUCAAUCCAGCGACCCUCGCGCAGUUACGCAACAUGAGAAGUUGUCUAAAAUGGUGGAGGAUCUUUAUGACAGUGAAAAAAAAUUGGCCAAUCUUCUAGAGACUUAUCAAAAUCGGGGAAUUCCUGAUGAGUCUGGUGAUCAUUCAGUGCAGCGGUCCGACCAAAUGAGAAGAUUCAGUGAUUUAAUGGAUGUUCUAACUUUACAAGAACGAUUCAUCUUGACUAACCCUAACUGCAUGAAUGGUGAAAUUGACGAACAUGGAGAUGGCGGCAGAGAAGCUCAGCUCCAACGCAAGGUAGAAGAAACUCAAAGGAAGCUUGCCCAGCUUCAAGAACAAGAAGCUUCUCUAUUAGGAAUGCAUUUGCGAGCUAAAGAAAGAUUGAAUGCAGCACGUCAAGCCCAACAAGUAUUUUUGCAACAAGGUGAACAGGGUGCCUGGGAAGGUCCAGACAGGCAACAGCAUCAAGGACAAUCAAACGCCGAUGAACUGGAAUCGGAACAUGCCGCCCUUAGGGGAAAGUUAGUUCAGUUACAAAAUAAGAAGAAAAGAAUGGAUCACCUCGUCGCAGAGUUGCAAGCAGUGGAUGCUUUUGACAGAGGCAGCUGUAGCUCUGAAGGUUCACGCGCACCGGGAAGAGAUAAAGUCGCCGAAUUGGAUGCGAUGAAAGCACAGCUGGCACGCCUUAAAGCUCUGAUGGAAGAUGCUACACGAGAUCGACAUCCAUCAGAAUCUGAAAUUGAACCGGAAGCUGAUGAAGAGGUCAGAGAAGAAGUGUCGGCUAAUAGUUCUCGUAAUUCAAUAGAUCGACAGAGUGAGCCUAAUGAUUUGUCGAGAAGGAAGGCUGGUAACUUUGCAGAUGCACCCUCGGUUGACCAAGUUCAAGCUGUGACUAGGGAACUCAGAGAACAGUCUGUAUUACUGCAGGCCGCUCGUGCCGAAUUGCAACGCCUAAAGCAAACGACUCCUACACCCGUUGUUACCUCAUCAACUCCACCUCCUUCUCUUCUUGGACUCAAUCUAUCUGAGAAGAAACAGAGUAACAACAAUACUAAUAGCAGCAGUAAUGACGAACGUUGCGAACUACAAUUUGCACAAGCUAAGAGACGCCAGCUGGAAGACUUAAUGAGAAAGGAACAGGGACACUCAUCUAGUGUGAAUCAAGAUGUUGGUAGAGGAGAUUGGGGUGGCGUUAGAGAAACCAAUUCACAACUUAGUAACACUAGCGUUGCAGCAAACUUGUGGCCUUUGCCGAAUCCUGCAACAGGUGAAUCUAACGAACAAAGUGUAGACGGUGUGUCAAUUUCUGAAAAUUUAUUAGAUGUCGGACCUAACGGCAAUGCUACGACGACAAAUGGUAAUUGGUGGGGUGCUCCCCCGCCAAUUGGAAUGGUUGAACAGCCUCCACAAGCAGGAGUGGCGGGUAUGGCUGAAUAUUAUCGACAGCUGUUAUUGGGCUCUCAAGCACAACAACUGCAAAUGAUGGGAAUGACUAUGCAGCAAUGCUGCCAAUUAUUGUGGGCUCAACAACGAGAAUUACAAUCAAUGCGAGCAGCAAUUGUUCAACUACAAUUACAGCUACGACAACCACAGCAGCUACAACAGCAACAGCAACAGCUACAAGGACGGGCCAAUAACAAUUAUAGUAAUGUAGGAAAUGCUGAAGAGUAUUCCAAUCUUAAUCGUGCUGUGCAACACAAUGGAAGUUCAUUGGACGCUACUUUGCCACCGAGCUCAUCACUUCCUAAUCUCGUUGCUUUACCCACACCUACACCCACACCAGCGCCUGUUCCUAUACCCAAUUCUCCACACCAACAACAACAGUUGAACAACCAAGUUCCACCAGGAAAUAGAGCCAACAACUAUUGGGACAACUUUCGAAGUUACUCGAGGCAAAAUUUACUCUCGGUGAAUGGAAAAACUGCAUCGGAUCGCAACCCACACACAACUGCAAGUACUCCAACCACAAACACUGUAUCUUCUGCACCAGGUACUGCGUCUGGCGGGGGAAACAACACUGGACUCACUAACAUUGGAUUUAGGUCUAGAAAAGACAAGCGCAAUAGAGAGCAUGGAUUGGAGAAUUUGUCGUUACCAACUUUGUUAUCCGCUGAGAUGCAGUACCCACAAAAUCUUCAGCUGCAAUCUAAUUUUCAACAGCAAGAAGUUGUAAAUUCAAGGAGUAGCUUAAGUAAUGUCUUAGCCAAUGAUACGACCUUACAACAAUCGCAUCAUGUGGACAACUUUUUUGAUGAGCAACAAUUGGCUUGCACUCGAUCAGUACCUGCAAAUAACGAUGGUCAGGUUUGUCUGCGUCAGCUUAGCAAUGAAAUGAGCGACGCAGUGUCAUCGCUAGUAACUGUGAAUACUUCAAGACCUGGCUACCUCGUUCGGGUGCUGAGGGAGGUUAAAAUUAUUUGCGAAGAUCACAGGUUACGUCCUCGUCUCUUGCGUUCACUGAGGGCUUUGCGGGAUUCACAUUCAUCCAAUAAUCCUUUGGUUGGAUGGUUACAAAAUGAAACAACUGAUCAGACAGCCAGUGAAAGUUGUCAAUCUAGUGAUGAAGAUUCUGACACGGGUACCCUCAAUAAUACAGUAGGAAGUGCAGUGAAUGCAGUUGGCGCUUUGUCACUACCCCCACCUCCGUUACCUCCACCACCAUUGUCUAUGACGUUACCACUUUUGCCAGGAGGAUUUCAAGCAGAAAGUGUAGGCAUUAAUGCAUCGGCAUCUGUAACACCGGGUUACAAUGAAGACUUGGCAGAAGCUGAUCAAUCGCGACCCGAAGCUUCUCACAAUCCCCAGCAGGUUGCUAGUGACGAAAAUGCUGGUGAAGAAGGUGGAGGAGACACAUCAACAGCUUCAGCCAAUGCUUUGAUAGCUGAUUUGGUAGCAGAGAUGGAAUACAUGGAAGAGGAUGGAGAAAGAAGUGAUGAUAUCGGGCUUGAUAGAGUUCCUACUCGAUUAUAUCAUCAGGCAAAUGAGUCAAUUUGAAAUCUGGUAGCUGGCUUUAUUUGCACUUAAUUGACCUCACGCUCUCGGUGCUCCCACACUAUUAUUGAAAAUUACAAUCUACAUUAUCGGCUAAGAGCAUCCAUGGUUACGGCUAUGUACAAAUGGAACGAUGAAUAUGAGUAAAUAGGUG